AUGGGCAUGGCUGCCCUGCGCGCACCGUUUGGCGGAAGAAGACUGUUCAACACUGCAGAUCCGAGCAGUGUAGUUGAAACUGACGGAACAACCUCCGGACAGCCCCUCAAAGAGUACGUGUUCUGUUCUACAGUGGAGUACAUAGAUGUAGACGGGGUGGAGCACAACGUGAAGUCUGUGAUUCAGAAGAACGGUGGUAAGGUGUAUAAGAAGUUUACUGCUAAAUGUAACGCGCUGGUAACUGCGGACCUGGACACGGAUAACAAGACUAUUAAACGUGCUGCCGGUCUGGAGAUCCCUAUUGUAAACUGUGAGAAGUUAAUUAAAGGCCUGUUAUCUUGCUCCAUUUCUGACAUAUCAACCCUGUGCUACUCUGGGUACGAAGGAGAUGACUACGUUAAGAAGAGGAGAUCAAUAAGUGGUCUCAAGAGUGCUGCUAAGAGUGAACGUAAUGAGGCAGAUACAAGUGCUAAACGGGCCAAAAUAACUGUACAGAAUGGAGCAGAGGUGUUCCACGAAACCGGUUUCAGUGGUAAUAAGGACGUUCAGGUUUACAAAGAUGCUAAGGGUGUCGUGUACGCUGCUACGCUGGGUCAAGUGGAUAUUGCAAAAGGUAAGAACUCGUACUACAAGCUGCAAGUGCUAAAGAGAGGAAACAACAAAUAUAUAAUGUUCAGAGCCUGGGGUAGGAUAGGGACUGAUAUAGGGGGUACUUGCUUUGAUGAGUUCUUCUCUCCUGAUGGAGCUAUUCAGCUCUUCAAGACACACUACACGGAUAAGACAGGUAACGAGUGGGGAGUCAACUUCGAGAAGAUAGCAGGAAGAAUGUACCGGAUAGAUCUGGACUACGGGCCCACUGAGGACCUAGAGACCGUCAUUAAACCAGGAUCACUUACCAAACUUCAUCCUGGUAUUCAAGCACUUGUAAAGCUGAUAUUUGACAUCAACGUGAUGAAGGAGAUGCUCCUGGAGUUCGAGAUAGAUCUCAAUAAAAUGCCACUGGGAAAACUGUCAAGAAAUCAGAUAAGGGAAGCGUUUACAGUGCUGUCUUCAGCUCAGGAAUAUUUGGAGGACUUAGAGGAGAACAAGAUCAAGAUAUUAGACGCCUCCACAAGGUUUUACACCCUGAUCCCACAUGACUUUGGUAUGGCCUCUCCACCACUUCUCAACACACUGGACCUUAUCUCCAAUAAAACCAAGAUGUUAGAGACCCUACUGGAACUGGAAAUAGCCUACAGUAUGACAAGGACAGGUGCGGAUGACAAGGAUAAGGACCCAAUUGACAGUCACUUCCUUAAGUUAAAGUCCGAUAUCAGUGUUCUUAAGAGAGACUCGCAGGAGUUUGACUUGUUGGAGAAGUACGUUUCAUCUACACACGCUGAAACACACAACCUCUACACACUGCAGAUAGAGAACAUCUUCAAAGUGGAUAGACAGGGUGAAAUAUCUAGAUACUCGGACUACAGUACUCUACACAACAGAAUGCUACUUUGGCACGGAUCCAGGACAAGUAACUACGCCGGUAUCCUCUCCCAGGGUCUCCGUAUAGCACCUCCAGAAGCACCAGUUACUGGUUACAUGUUCGGGAAAGGACUCUACUUCGCUGAUAUGGUGAGUAAGAGUGCGAACUAUUGUUGUACAACACCUGCUAACCCUAUUGUUCAGGUGAGUAAGAGUGCGAACUAUUGUUGUACAACACCUGCUAACCCUACUGGUCUGUUACUGCUCUGUGAGGUUGCGUUGGGUGAUAUGUACUGUCUUAAGGACGCUAAAUAUAUAAAGAAGCUUCCCAAAGGAAAACACAGCACCAAAGGAAUCGGUAAAACAUCCCCCUCUACCUCCCAAACCCUCCCUAAUGGCUGCGUAGUUCCUCUCGGCCCUGGAGUGGAACAGGAAGAAUCCCAGGACAGUACCCUACUGUAUAACGAGUAUAUUGUCUACGAUUUGGCGCAGGUCAAUGUUAAAUAUUUGUUCCAGCUCAAAUUUGUUUACGAGAAACGACGGCGAUGA